GAGGAAGACGAAGACGAAGAAGACGCACCUGCACACAACUCCUCGAACCAACAAAACUGCUCCCUCCCUCCCCCAUAAAACCCCAAUCGAUCCCUCCUCCCCAUCCCAUUCCCAUCUCGUACCCUCCCUCCCUCCAUCAUAUCUCUCCACAAGCAAAGAGAAUUCCAGCAACAAGAACAAGGAUGGUGUCUGCGCUCGUUCGCACGAUCCUCGUCACGGGCGGCGCCGGCUACAUCGGCAGCCACACCGUGCUGCAGCUCCUCCUCCAGGGCUUCCGCGUCGUCGUCGUCGACUCCCUCGACAACGCCUCCGAGGCCGCCCUCCACCGCGUCCGCGAACUCGCAGGACCGCACAACGCCAAGAACCUAGACUUCCGCAAGGUCGACCUCCGCGACAAGGCCGCCCUGGACGAAAUCUUCUCUGCACAAAGGUUCGAGGCCGUUAUCCACUUCGCCGGGCUCAAGGCCGUCGGCGAGAGCGUGGCCAAGCCGCUACUUUACUACGACAACAACCUCAUCGGCACCAUCACGCUCCUACAAGUCAUGGCUGCACAUGGUUGCAAGAAGCUGGUGUUUUCGUCAUCGGCCACGGUCUACGGGUGGCCCAAGGAAGUGCCCUGCACCGAGGAGUUUCCGCUCUCCGCGAUGAACCCUUACGGACGAACUAAGCUGAUCAUCGAGGACAUCUGCCGUGACCUUCAGCGCUCGGACCCCGACUGGAAGAUCAUACUGCUCAGGUACUUCAACCCGGUCGGCGCUCACCCGAGCGGCUACAUCGGCGAGGACCCCCUUGGUGUCCCCAACAACCUGAUGCCCUACGUCCAGCAAGUUGCGGUCGGGAGGCGGCCGGCGCUGACGGUCUACGGGACCGACUACAACACCAAGGAUGGGACAGGGGUGCGUGAUUACAUACAUGUUGUCGAUCUGGCUGACGGUCACAUAGCAGCCCUCAGGAAGCUCUACGAAGAUUCGGACAGAAUAGGGUGUGAAGUGUACAACCUGGGCACUGGAAAGGGGACAUCUGUGCUGGAGAUGGUUGCCGCGUUCGAAAAGGCUUGCGGAAAGAAAAUCCCUCUUGUUUAUGCUGGAAGAAGACCUGGAGAUGCAGAGAUUGUGUAUGCUAUGACUACCAAGGCUGAGAAGGAGCUCAAAUGGAAGGCAAAGUUUGGGGUGGACGAGAUGUGCAGAGACCUGUGGAACUGGGCGAGCAAGAACCCAUACGGAUACGGUACCAGCGACAAUGGCCACCACUGAUUGACUCAAUCCAUGAUCCUUGCUCGGGAGAUAUUACUAGACCCGGAGAACCAGUAGUAAUAACCAAUAUAUAUAGUCGCCAUGAUCCAUCUAUUUAUCUACCACAGAGAGAGGAAGAACACUAAUGUGUAUAGGGAGUCGGACCAGGCAGCAGCAUAAUUAUUAUAUCUGUCGUGCUAGAACUAAUACAGUGAGUCUCAAGUGUGGAGUAGAAAUAAGAAACCUUUGUAAAAAUACUUUGUCAGUUGAGGAAUAACUAUAUUGAUAUAAAUAUAUAUUGUUGGUUUGUUGAUUA